AUGGAGCAGUCGUGGCGGGAGGAGGCGGUGCUCGCGUACCAGAGCCUCGGGGUGGUGUACGGCGAGGUGGCGGCGGCGCCGCUGCAUGUGUACCGGAGCGCCUUCGCCGGCGGGGACAUCCAGCACUCGGCGGGGAACGAGGAGAUCUACGGCGUGCUCUCCCUCGUGUUCUGGACGCUCAUCCCGGUCCCGCUCACCAAGUACGUGGUCGUCGUGCUCCGCGCCGACGACGACGUCGAGGGCAGCACCUUCGCGCUCUACUCGCUCAUAUGCCGCCGUGUCCGCGCAGGGCUCCCCCUCCCCGGCGGCGACGGCGAUGAGCUCGCGGGGCAGUGCAACGGCGGCACAGUUGCGCCCGUGUCGGCCGUGCGCGCCGCGCUGGAGAGGCACCGGGUCCUGCAGAGAUAA